AAUAGGGUUCAUGAUCACAAAAAAGUGUGGGAAAAGAAGAUGAAGAAGAAAGCGAAUAGGGAAACAUCAGAGUAUGAACUCUGCAAAUUAUGCAGAAUUAAUCACAAUCAAGGUCGUCGCCAUAAUUUCUUCCCUCGCCAUAGAAAUUCCCUUUCUUCCUUCCUUUCUCGCUUUCAUCAAAAGCUCUCUUCCAUCAGAUCCUCACUCCAAAACCCUAGCUUACGACUUCCUUCUCAGCCUUCAACCGAUCGUCUUUGGUGCGUCUUUUGUGAUUUUGACAUUGACGAGUCUGAGAGUUCCUUUCUUAGAAGUAAUGCAAUAAAGCAUUUAGCAAGCAAGGAUCAUUUGAAGAAUUUGAAGCAUUUUCUGUGGAAGUAUGGAGGUGGCAUGGAUAAACUGGAUUCUUUUAGAAUUACUGAGCCUGAGUUAGCUAAGUGGGAAAAGAAGUGUGAAUCAUUGAUGGCCACUCCAUCAUCAAGCGAGACAUAUUGUGGCUCUUCAUAUGGGCAAUCAAAUGAUAUCCAAACAAAUUAUGAAGUCAUGAAUAGUUUUAAACAAAAUGAUAUUCAAUUACUUGAAUCAAGUAUUUCAAAAGAUGUUAUGCCUUUACUAUAUUCCACAAAUGAGAAUUGCCAGGUAUAUCAUCCAGAUAUUGCACAGGCUGGCAAAGUUGGUCCAGUGUUUUCUGAUGUUGCUUCACAUUCACCCGGCACCCCAGAAUCUAUCUUGGAAAGUAGGUGCUUAACAUGUCAAAGUAGGCAACAACCCUCCACUUUGAGUGCAUCAACUUUGUCGGCUGAUGAUCUUGUUAAAACAGGGGUGUGUCAAAGUAUUGCCAUCAGGGACCCCAUUGCUAAGGGUUACCAGAGUCUCACUCAAAUUUCUUCUGGAGGUUUGGUGGAUAUCAAACAAAAUGUUCAUUCUGAGGCAGUGCCUCCUUGGCUUGAAGGAAUCGGGCCAUGUGACGGACAAUGGAGUGGGUCUAGAUUGAUUGGUGCUCAAAACAAUAUUAAAAAAACCAGUAAAUUAAAUCCCAAGAGGGUAGGAGCUGCAUGGGCAGAGAAAAGGAGACUGGAACUGGAGAUGGAGAAGAAAGGUGAAGUAACUGUUAAUGGGGUGAAUGAUAACUGGCUUCCGAAUUUCGGUAGAGUUUGGCAAUCAGGUAGUCGUAAAGAAUCCAUGAAAGAAUUUAAAAAGGAAAAGCUAAAUGUGCCGGUACCUGAAAGUCAAGCUGAGUCUGAGCCUGAGAUCAAGUUACAUCCUUAUAUCAGUAAACGAAUGCGACGAGAUACAGACAAUAAAGCAGAUGUUCAGAACAUCUGUGAUACCGUAUAAUAUUAAUGAACUCCUGGUGACAAGUGUGAAUAAUACAGGUGUAUCCUCCAGAAAAAAAGUGAUUCCUGCAGCAUUUUUCUUUGCCAGAUGAAGGUAUUCGGGUUCCCAUCCAAAGAUUAGGAGGUUACAAGGUGCUCUCCGAGUGAUGAUAUUUGAUAUAAACUGAUAUUCCUUUUU